AAUGUCAUUGAGGACAACUAGAAAUUUUUGAAAUAAAAACAAUGACAGCUGAGAAACUAAUCAAUCUUUUGUUGAAAUAAAAAAAUUAAAAAAGGCAAACAUUAAUAAACAAAUAUUAAACCACAAGUAUUACAUUAUAAUACCAAAUUCGGGGGAUAAAAAGAAAUAAUAUAAAAAUGUCAGGAUUAAUUGAUAAAAGAAAACGCAGUCGUGAAGAUGAUGUAUUAUGCGAAUCAACGCCUUUGUCCAAACGUAUUAACAAUUUGCACUUAACAAAUUUUGAAGAGGGUCAAUAUAAUCAACAACCACAACCUCAAAGUCAUCAAAACAAUCACUUACAACACUUAACCAAAGACAUGAUGGGAGAAUCUUCUGGUCUGAAACCUAUGACUGCCGACAAAAAUAUGUAUGAACCAGAAUUAGAUGAAUCUCAAAAUCCAUUUUAUUACGUAAAAAACAAAUUAUUACACGAUUUACAUUUGGAGCGCCUUAAAAGGUGUUCAGUAUAAAAAUGGAGCUACUUUUAAAUAUUAUUUUGCACUAUGGUAUUUAUUUAUAAUCCUAUUGAAUAAAUGAUGUUUAAAGGAGUACAGAUGUUAUAUUAUUUCUAUAUAUUAUAUUUAAGUAUUUUUCUUAUAUUUAUUAUAAAAUAAUUACUAAUUUAGUUUAAAAGUAAAAUUGGAAUAAAAAUACAAUUUGAUUCAGA